AUGCUCACUGUUGAAGAAACCCGUGCGCUUGGAGAUGCACACCCCGAGUUCGAGCCCAUCAUAAGGGCUCAUAACCCAAUGCUCAACGGCUGGGACACGGACACUGAUCUUGAUGCUUUCAGAGAGAUGAUGGCACAGCUUAGACAGUUCCAGCCUAAACCUGACCCCGAGACUCUCUCCUAUCAGAUGCAAGACUUCAAGAUCCCUCUCCGAGACGGCUUUGAAGUCAAUGCACGAUCAUACACACCAAAAGACGAUACUCCAUCCGAUGGACGCCCUGGGUUAAUCGUAUUCCAUGGUGGCGGCUUCGUCGCAGGUGAUCUCGAGACUGAGGCAGGGCUAUGUGCUCAAUUUACAAAGCUUGGAGGCGUUGCUCUCAACUUAGACUACCGCCAUGCUCCUGAGCAUGUCUUCCCUCAAGCUAUCAACGAUGCUUUUGAUGCAACUGUUUGGGCAUCUCAGAAUGUAGACAUGUUCGGGAUCAACCCGUCCAAGGGCUACAUCAUUGGAGGUACCAGCUCAGGCGCGGAUAUAUCUCUAGUUGUCUCGCACUUGUACCGUGACACCAAGACUGAGCCCCCUCUGACUGGCGUCUACGCACCUAUCACCUCUGGAGUCAAUGAUCAGACCGUUCCUGAGAAAUACAGGGAUCACUUCAUCAGUUGGGAGCAGUGCGCCAAGGCUCCUGUGUUUAGCACCGAGUCGAUGAAAUUUGUUCACUCCAAGUAUAAACCCGAUAUGAAGAGCCCUCUGGCAUUUCCAGUUGCCUUUCCCAGUCAUGCAGGGCUUCCCAAGACUUACUUCCAGGCUUGUGGUAUGGAUCCUGUGCGAGACUGCAGCAUUGUUCUUGAGCAAGCCUACAAGGACGAAGGAGUCCCUACAAAGAUCGAAAUAUAUCCUGGCCUACCUCAUGCGUUCUGGGCUACGUUUCCCGAACUUGAGAUUUCGCAGAAGCGUGAGAGGGAUGUUGCUGAAGGUCUGAAGUGGCUACUGGCUGAAUGA